UGCUGCCGGCGGAAGUAUGUAAUGGUUGCAGUUCUGGUCUGAAUCACUAGCCAAACUUUAGCUUUUGUCUGGAAACCUAAAUAUAAUGGCAACGUUUUUCGGCGAGGUUUUGUCUGUGUAUUCUCGUGCCGUGGAGGAAGAUGACGAGGAUCUCGAUGAAAACGAAGAGGAUGAACAAAUCCGCAGAGAACUUGAGGAAAAGAGGGAGGUUCAUCUACACUGGAGCCCUGAAGUCUCCGAAUCACUGACGUCUGGAAACAAGUUGCAGUGUUCAGAUUUCAUCCUCGCUGUGGGGCACAACGCUGCCAGGUUUCUGUCAGUGUACGUUCUCACCUCUGCAAACUGGGAUGCAGUGGGACGUGCAUCAGUGUGGAACGAGAGGAGCCGGGCUGUAACUGGGCAGACCAGCGAGGAGUCAGCAUGUGUUUUCUACAGACACAAGGAAAACCCAUCAGUUUUGAUAUGCCAAGUGACUUGCUACAUUGCAGAAGACCAGCUUUUCCAGUGGACAGAAAAGGUUUUUGACUGUCUGCAGCACAGAGAGCUGAAUGUGACAGUGCUGUCAGAUAGCUCUGUGGCUGAGUACAAGGCAGCAGACUAUCUGUCGGGAGGCUCCGCUCCCUUCCUGCGCUCUCUCCACACCGGUGCUUUCAGAGGUCGGGCUGUCUGCCAGCCACUGGAGCAACCCAACAUAGUUACUGGACUUCCUGCUGCAGUGCUGAACCACUGCGAGGUCCAUCGCAUCGCUACAGUUGUUUACCAGUGUUACAGUGAUGUCAUAGGCCCUGACUCUGUCACCAUGGAGACCUACAAGCCUGCACUAACCAAGCUUGGCAAGUCCAUACAGCUGGACCCGUCUCCGAGCACAGACGUUCUUCGCAAGUUUGUCACAACCACCAACAUUCAGAGCAAUCUUUAUAUCUGAAAAUAGACAUUUCAUUUUAUUUUCCUGUGGUAAAAUACUGUCAUUUUUUUAAAUAAAGAAAUUAAGUAAAGAAAGACUUUAUUUGAAUGAAAGUAGUUGAAUGAUAUACUUAAUUUAUAUUGUAGUAACAAAGAGAUGGGAAUUAGAAUUUGCAUGUACCAAUUUGCUGUUCCAAUUUCUGAAGCAAUCAUAUGAGGGAGCUACAGUGUGCAUGCAUCAUAAAUACCACUGUAAACCGCUCCCAUCUUUUCACUACGUAGAAUUACAGGUUAUCACAUUGUCAGGUGAGUUAAGGAAGGAGACACAGGCGGAGAUUCUAAAAGGGUUCAUGUGAAAAGAGUUCAACAAGGUAAAAACAUUUAUGCCCCAGAUUUUGUAACUUGAAAAUAAUUUUGUGUUGUUAUCCCCCUGAUUCCCGAGUAAAAGAUGCAGUUUCUGCAGGGUGAAUUGUAU